AUGCAAUUAUCUUGGAAAGAUAUCCCAACCGUGGCUCCUGCCAAUGACCUAUUGGAUAUUGUUCUUAAUAGAACUCAAAGAAAAACUCCAACUGUUAUCAGACCUGGUUUCAAGAUCACUAGAAUUAGAGCAUUUUAUAUGCGUAAAGUGAAAUUCACUUCUGAAGGUUUUAUUGAAAAAUUCGAUGAUAUAUUAAAGGGUUUCCCAAACAUUAACGAUGUCCAUCCUUUCCACAGAGAUUUGAUGGAUACUUUAUAUGAAAAGAAUCAUUAUAAGAUUUCUUUGGCUGCUAUUUCAAGAGCCAAGACUUUAGUGGAACAAGUCUCUAGAGAUUAUGUUAGAUUAUUGAAAUUCGGUCAAUCUUUAUUUCAAUGUAAACAAUUGAAGAGAGCUGCUCUUGGUAGAAUGGCUACUAUUGUUAAGAAAUUGAAAGAUCCUUUGUUAUAUUUGGAACAAGUCCGUCAACAUUUAGGUAGAUUGCCAUCUAUUGAUCCAAACACAAGAACUUUGUUGAUUUGUGGUUAUCCAAACGUUGGUAAAUCAUCUUUCUUGAGAUGUAUUACAAAGGCUGAUGUGGAAGUUCAACCUUAUGCUUUCACCACAAAAUCCUUAUACGUUGGUCAUUUCGAUUAUAAAUAUUUACGUUUCCAAGCCAUUGAUACUCCAGGUAUAUUGGAUAGACCUACUGAAGAAAUGAAUAACAUUGAAAUGCAAUCUAUUUAUGCCAUUGCUCAUUUAAGAUCUUGUGUCUUAUAUUUCAUGGAUCUUUCAGAACAGUGUGGUUUCACUGUUGAAGCUCAAGUUAAGUUAUUCCAUUCCAUUAAACCUUUAUUUGCUAAUAAAUCUGUCAUGGUUGUUAUUAACAAGACUGAUAUCAUUAGACCAGAAGAUUUAGAUGAAGAACGUGCUCAAUUAUUAGAUAGUGUUAGAAACACUUCUGGUGUUGAAAUCAUGACUACUUCUUGUCAAUUGGAAGAAAAUAUUAUGGAUGUUAGAAAUAAAGCUUGUGAAAAAUUAUUAGCAUCAAGAAUUGAAAACAAAUUGAAAUCUCAAGCCAGAAUUAACAACGUCUUGAACAAAAUUCAUGUUUCUACUCCACAACAAAGAGAUGAUGUCAAGAGAACACCUUUCAUUCCAGAAGAAUUUAAGAAUCUAAAGAAAUAUGAUCUAGAGGAUCCAAAUAGAAGAAAAUUGGCUAAAGAUAUUGAAAUUGAAAACGGUGGUGCUGGUGUUUUCAACAUCAAUUUGAAAGAUAAAUAUCUAUUGGAAGAUGAUGAUUGGAAGAAUGAUAUCAUGCCAGAAAUUAUGGAUGGUAAGAAUGUUUACGAUUUCUUAGACCCAGAUAUCGCUGCCAAAUUACAAGCAUUAGAAGAAGAAGAAGAAAGAUUAGAAUCUGAAGGUUUCUAUAACUCUGAUGAAGAAGAAAAUUUCGAAGGUCUUGACCACGAAGAAAUUGAAGAUGUUAAAGAUAAGGCUCAAUGGAUUAGAGAUAGACAAAAGAAAAUGAUUCUUGAAGCAAGAAAUAGAAAAUCUUUGAAGAAUAAAGCUAUCAUGCCUCGUUCUAAAUUAACUAAAUCUUACGGUGAAAUGGAAAAACAUAUGGCUACUCUAGGUCACGACUUGACCUCUUUACAAGAUAAACAAAGAGUGGCUGCAGAAAAGAGUAGAUAUCAAGAAGCUGGUGUCGAUGUUGUCUUUGGUGCUCAAGAUUCCAUGUCUGCUUCUAACGAAAAUGGUGGUAAGCUAAGACAAUCUGAUAGAUUAUUGGACGGUGUUGCUGAUGGUACUAUGAGAUCAAAGGCUGAAAGAAUGGCUAAACUACAAAGAAGAGAAAGAAAUAGAAUGGCUAGAGCUGGUGAAGCUGAUAGGCAUGCUACCGCUUCCUUACCAAAACAUUUGUUCAGUGGUAAGCGUGGUAACGGUAAGACUGAUUUCCGUUAG